CCGGCCCGGAGCUCGGCCCCCUCGCCCCGCCCCCGGUGCGGCCGCUUCAGGGCUCCGGCGGGCGCCGCUCCGCCAUGCCGGGCGGCGCGCGGGGUCUGUACCGGCGGAUCCUGCUGCUGCACCGGGCGCUGCCGGCCGCCCUGCGGGCGCUGGGGGACCGCUACGUGAAGGACGAGUUCAGGAAGCACAAGGCCGCCGGGCCCGCCGAGGCCCAGCGCUUCCUGCGGGAAUGGGAGAACUAUGCAGCACUGAUACAGCAACAAAUUGAUGAGGACAAACAAAACUUGAGAGAAAAGACUUUAUAUGGAAUCCAGCUCACAGAAGAAAAACUUAAUGACUUCCGUGACGAACAGAUUGGGCAGCUGAAGGAACUGAUGGACGAGGCUACCAAACCUAAUAAAAAAAUCACCAUUUCUGAAGACUCAAAACACAAAAACUAAAAGGGUGCUGCAGAGAGGCAGUAAGGAGCUGUGGACCAAUUCAGCUGAUCACAGACUGUGUUUCCUACUCACAGAGGGAUUCCUUCUUCGUACAUCCCCUCUGCUACUUGAGUGCAGGUCAACAUCAUACUGUCAUCAGUGAAAUCAUCCUUGAUUAUCUUCUUCUAAGUUAAAAGAACUUUUCAAAGGUGAAUGAGAUAUCCUGUUAAUCAAAGACCCAGUUAGAACUGAUUUGAGAACUUCUAUUUCUUUCUAUUUAAUUUUAUAAUGUGAGCAUUUGCUACUGCGUGGUAGGAAAAUGGACCUGAAUAUCUUAAAAUUACAGUUUCUUAGUCUCUUGGUCAAAAUCUUUUACCACUGGAAAACUUCAACUUGAGAUGAUAUUGUACAGCGCUCCCAGAAUAUACCCUCAGGUACAGUAAAGAGGAAAAUGUGUGGGGCUUUUCUUUCCAAAUGGUGAAAGUCAACUCUUCUGCUUUGUUUUUCCUUUUGAGUUAAAUUAUGCUAUUGCUGUCCAGUUCAGCUAUUCCAGAUUAACAUUGUCAAAUGGAAGAUCAGCUUGGAAAAGCAAUUAAGUAGAUUUUUAUCUCCUCUGAGGUGCAAUAAGGUUUGUUCGAAUGCAUCUGUAUUUCAGCCUGCUUUUGUCCUUCUUGUUGUGCUGUUAAUUGCUGUUUUCAUAUGGUGGUACUUUGCUCAGAUUGUAAGAGAGAGAGAAUCAACAUCUUUUGUACAAAUGACUUGGAUGCCUUUAAUGGAGUGGGACUAACACGUGUUGCUGCAGCGGCGUGGGCAGGAGCAGGGCACAUACAGCCACAGACCCUGCCUGGAGGCUGCCAGGCAGGGGAGGAAAGAAGAUUUAGGAAAAACUGGCUUGACGAAUAAAUAGAAAGGUCUUCCGAGCCGCUCUUGGUACUUAAAGGUAUUUUACCCCAGAGUAAUAUGCUCUGCCAAGCAUGACUAUCACGCCGAGUACCAAAGCCAUGGCAGAGGUCUUGGUGCCAGAGGUUGACUGGGACUGUGGGGUCCAGUCUUCCUCAGGCUUGAAAUUCCCCAGUCUGUCCUGGGGAGUUCAAUUUGUCUGUCACAGGUUCCUUGAAUUUUUCUCCUGAGCGUUCAGCAAUUUUAGUGUUUCAGGAACACACAGAAAGUAUAAAAACUGGUUAGCUGCAGGAGAUGGCAGUCAGCCGUGGCUCUCGCCUUCCCCGGGCUCAGAGGUGCAGUCUGAGAACAAGUGGCACUGCAUAAUGUCAUGUUUUCACCAUCACAUUAUCCUUGUCUUGCAUCCUGGAGCUCAGGGAAGCUUCUCGGGUCUCACUUGGACCCUGCUACUCGCCCCAGUAGCCUACUAUUAAAACUGCAAUGAGCAAGUAAGUUAGGUAACAUUUUAACCUCUUGCCAGGCCUCAGGUGAGACUAUAGACUUGGAAUUGUAAAACAGAGGAAGGAAAACACUUUUCAUUGUUGCUAUGGAGACUGGAGUUUAUGUAGUAAUGACUUGUUCUGUUUCCCAUCUCCUUGAUCUUAUGGCAAAAAAAAAAAAAAAAAGGAACACAAAAAAUCACUGACAAAACCUCUGGUAUAUGAAAUUACAAUUUGAGUGACCUCUCAGCAGUAUCGCAAAAGAAAACAGAGAUGUCAGGAGUAGAGAAAAAAAAGUCUUUGUGUCAAGACAGUCUCUUUUUUCAGAGAAGGAACUAGAGCCAUAGUGAACGCAAGAGCAGCUAACUACAUGUUGCAGGUCCUUCAAAGCAUCCAGUGUUCCCUGUCCAGAGCCAUUGCUCCAGCCCCUCCACUCAUGCACUCUGGUCACAAUCAGAUCCUCAGAGAACAAUGUGACACUUAAUAAGACCUGCCCAAAUUUUCUCUAUAAUCCAUGUCUUUGAACAAGAGAGAGGUGGAUUUUGGGACUUUACCUUCUCCUAAAUGGCUGUAGAUGAAGUCUUCCCUUGCUAGUCCACCGCCCGAGGCAGAAUCUGCUGCAGGAGCUGCAUGGCAGUGUAGUGAGGCACAAGUGUAUCUGUUCCGUGUGGGCAUGUGAUCAGUGUGGGUAUGAUGAGACUGCAUGAAGUCUGUACCCUGCUCUGUUGCAGAUCAAAGCAUGAAGUGCGUCUGAUCUCACACUGCUACAGUAAAUAGAUUAUUGCAGUAUUUGCUUAGAUAUAGUUUUGAAAGCAGCUCAAUGUUCAAAAAAUGUCACAUCCUAAGCAUAAUAGAUUGCCCUUUAAAAAAAAAAAACAAACAUAUCCACGCCAAAAAGUGAGACUCUGCCAGACUAAAGCUAUUUUGAUGUCACAGGAUUUAAGCCCUGGAGUGGAGGCACAAGGCAUCCCUAACACAGUGGUCAAACAGGUUUCAGAGCAUCAUGGAGAAAUACCUAUUCUGAUUUAUGAACACUGAAGUCCUGUGCUGAAGGAGCAAAGAAAGUGGCCACAAGGCCCCAUCCCUAAUGGUUCUGAUCCAUCAGCAGCCUCUUCUGGUUGUCAUGAUUCGGGACAUGCCUGAACCCCUGUGCUUUCCCGCAGUGACGUGUUAGUCUGGAAACAGCAGCCCACCAAGUGGAGAUGCUCCAGCAUGAGUGAAUCAGAUGGAAUUAACUUCUCAAUUUUCUCUUCUUUUUCUCUGUUCACAUUGGUUCUACAAAGCCACAGCUGGCUCCCAAAGCAAGAGAUGGCCUCCUAGCCAUUCUUAAACAUCUACUAUAGCCUUUAGGCAUUAAGAGCAGCCAUUAAGAGGGUGUGAGGACUUCUGUCCUGAGUGGCAGUGAUUUUAAGAAAGGCCAAUGGCUUUUAGAAUCAAAAGAAUAAACAGAAGUGAGAUACCAGGGGACAUGUUAUAGGAGUUUACUAGUUUGAUCCCUAAUCCCAAACUGUGGUAGGGAUUUUACUAGGUAUCACAAUAAAAGCGCACUAAAAGCUAUACAGUGAGACAAAGCAACAAGGAAUAUUGGCCUGGAAUGUCAGGGUGGUACUUGGAGUUAGGUGCAAACCUGUAAAAGCUAUUUAGAAGUUAUUGACAUCCUACAGUGUGGGUAGUUAUUUUGAAACCAAUAUUCAGCAAAUUUAUAGGCCAAAAUAUAAUUUCAUCCAUCUCAAAAACUGGAUGAGCUCUAAAAGUCCAUGUAAAGAUCAAUCUCGGAGGAAGGGAGAGUAAAGCAGAUCCUGAGAAAACAUCUAGAGAAGUGAAAGGAAGCUGUGGGAGACGUGCAGGAGGUCCUUCAAACCCCAGAGUGUCUUCAAAUGCCAAGUGCAAGUCAAGAAAUUGGUAUUACCUUGAAGUCAGUUGUUCUUGCCUCUCGCAGUGAGGUACGGUGCUUUUGCUCUGUGGUGCAAUCCAGGCAGAGCAGGUCGCACGCAGGCUGGAGCUGCUGCCUCUUCUGCUCUUACCUACAACAAAUCUUUGUAGCUUAUGAGUGACCAGGGAGUCAAAGGAGUUUCUGAGAGAAAAUCCCAAACUUUGAGGGACAAAACCUGCUUUGCUGACUUUCCAUGUAUUGUGAUAGUUAGGCUGUGGCAUGAAUUUCAACUUCAGUAUCUUCAUCUUGACCUGGCUUUUUUCCUUGGUUAUUCCUAUCAGACUGGGGGGGUAGGGUUGUUUUGAUUUUUUUUGUUUAAUUCUACGAAGUUGAAAUUACCCUCUGGUAUGGGAAUCCCAAAUGAUCAGCUUUGCUGUUCUUCAUAUUUCGUUAUGCUUAAUUCACCUUUUUAUUAUUGUAAGAACUACUUGAUGAUUUGAAAAAUGUAACUGCUUCUUUUCAAAUUUGGGAGCAAUUACAAAAACUGAUGAUGAAUGUUCUUAAGACCACUAUAAAGAAGUUCCUGUAAGUAACUAAUACAUUAGAAAUUAAAAAAUGCCUGGGCUGUACUCCAGAAAAAUGAAAAAUACUUGGAAAAUUAAUAAUGUUAUUGCUUACUCCUGAACAUAAUAUGUGUAGCAAGAGAUCUGUGCAGCUCUUUACACAUGUCACAUGAACUUUAUGUGUGAUUUACAAUCACUUCUGGGUCUCAUCAUUACCACAUAACCCCUUCUAUUAAAACAAACAGAUCACUACGUAAUUAAUUAUGGUGUAGUCAUUUGUAAAAGCAAAGCUUUGUUCCCUGCCUAAAGGGAGCUGGGGAGAACUAUGAACAGGAAAUAUCAGUGCUACCUGUGGGAUUCAAUUACUAAUUUCCAAUAGCUGUGAUGCUUAACAGUGUAUUGCUGUAGCACGAAUGUUUUGGGAACAUGAUGCAUGAUGCGUAGCCAUGAUUAAAAGAUAAACCACA